GCUGCUGUUUUUUGCCCAAACUUUUGUCCCUCGACGACCGGUUACGUGCGUGUUUGCAUUCGCAGGCAGCCACCCGACACUCUUACGACGGCUAGUAGCAUUGCAACGCUUCACAAUCGCGCCCACGCAUAAAUAACUGCUCUCCCAGCAGCUGUGACAACCAAGUCGCCGCGAUUGCUUUAGCGUCACCGACUGAGCUUGAAAAAGAAAGCAACAAUGGGCUGCUGCUGCAGCAAAAGCAAUAAUGACGGGCCGGUCGCCGCGCCGCAGGCGAUCGAGCUCACCGAGAAAGGCCCCGACGUCUCCCAAAAAAAGUCGCUGAUCUCGGGUACUGGUGUUGCAUAUUCCUCAAACACGAUCGAGCAGGACGCCGCGUAUUGGGAAGUUAUUGUGGAGAGCGCGGGGCCCUUCCGCAUCGGCGUGGCGCGGGCUUUGAAGGGCGGCGCGCUCGCCGGCUCGAUAGGCGACGAGGAGAAGUCCUGGGCGCUGGCGUCGGCGUCGUGCGAGUGUAGUGAUGGAGACGUCAUUGGUAUUGCCUUCGGUCAGGCCGAACUGCCGAAUCUACGAUUUUACCGGAACGGUGAUGAAUUACCAAAAGCAGAAGUGCAGCGCGUGCGCGGCGCGGUGCACCCCGCCGUGUCCGUCGCCGGCUCCACCAAACUGCGGUGCGUUUUCGAUGAGGCACAAUUCAAGCACGAGCCGCCGCGGGGGCACACGGCGCUGCGCGCGUCCCAGAGCCUCAUAUAAUGU